AUGAGGCUCUCCAAGGCUAACACCAGCUUCUGGCUGAUCUGGGCAUGUGCCCUCUUGUGGGUUAGCAUCAACUCCUACGACGACCCUUCCUCCCUCUUCUUCAGCCGCCGCCGAGCUUUCCAACGACACUACUCAGCAACCCGCGAGGCCGAAGUCAACACCUACCUCGAGAAGCUCGAAAAAUCACCACCCAAGACUCCCAGCACGACUGCCAAAGAGAAUGAAUUCUUCUGCGUCGGCAUCCCGAGUGUCAACCGAACGGACAAGGAGACGUUGAGACUCACCGUCGGCAGUUUGGUCGACUCCUUGCUCGACGGCGAGAGGGCACAGGUACACCUCGUUGUACUCUUGGCAGAUCGGAACCCGCGGGAUCAUGCCUCAUACGGUUCUCGGUGGCUGUCUGAUAUCGCUGACGAGGUGAUCGUCUACGACUACGAUGGCAAGGACGGCUCCGAGGAAGGUAAGAGGUCUGUCAAAGAGCCCACCGAUGCUUAUCGAGUCAUCCCAUACGACCUUCGCCGCCGUGGACGGGGCGACGGUCACACCGAAAAUAUCCACAUCGAUCACUCUGUUCUCGUCGAAGCUUGCCGUCACCAUGGCUCGCCCUACUUUGUCAUGGUCGAGGACGAUGUCAUUGCUGCCCGUGACUGGCUGCCGCGUCUCUGGAACGGUGUGGCAAACCUCGAGCGACGCUCAUCGCUGACCGGACACGACUGGCUCUAUCUCCGUCUCUUCCACUCGGAGAUGCUCAUGGGCUGGAACAAUGAGGAAAUCCUGUCCUACUUGCAGAUCAUUGCCUGCAUCUACGCUGUACUGGGUGCUCUCAUCUACCUGGUCGUCCGUCUCCGCCGCCGACGCCGUGCUACCAGGCACAGGCACUACAAGACCCUGGAACUCCGAGUCCCACAGUCUUACAGCUUCAGUUAUAUGGCGUCCCUCGCCCUGGGAUUGUGGACGCCAGCCUGUAUUGUGCUCUUCUUCCUGGCUGGGCGUGUCACCCUCCACAGGCUAAUGACUUUCGGUGGUGCGGGCAUUCGGGAGAUGCCCAAGUAUGGGUGCUGUGCCCAGGGCUACGUCUUCCCAACCCGACACCUUGAGGGUCUCCAGAAUUUGCUGCGCAACCCUCCCUUCGAGUUUCCCGUUGAUAUGGUCAUCGAGAAUCACGCCGCUGCCAAGGGCUUUUCGAAAUGGGCUCUCGACCCCAGCAUCCUGCAGCAUCUUGGGAUGGUGGAGCCUUCAAGCGACGGCAAAUUAAACGCCGUCUGGAAUUUCAGCUUUGAGAGAAUACGAUAA